AUGGAAAGAGAAAACAAUUCACAAGUUUUGGAAUUUCUUCUCCGUGGAUUCUCUUCAGAACCAGAACUGCAGCCCGUCAUCUUUGUGAUUUUCCUCUCCAUGUACCUGAUCACCUUCUUUGGGAACUUGCUCAUCAUCCUCGCUGUGAUCUCAGACCCUCAUCUCCACACCCCCAUGUACUUUUUCCUCUGCAACCUGUCUUUUGUGGACAUCUGUUCCACAACCACCACCCUCCCCAGGAUGCUGGUGAAUACACAGACACAGAGCAAAGCCAUCACCUAUGAAAGCUGUAUGACUCAGUUGUAUUUCUUCAUCGUCUUUGUAACAUUGGACAUCUUCCUCCUGACGGUGAUGGCCUAUGACCGCUAUGUGGCCAUCUGCCACCCCCUGCACUACACGGUCAUCAUGAACCCUCAGGUGUGCGGGCUGCUGGUUCUAGGGUCUUGGAUUCCAAGCAACUUGAUAUCAUUGUUACACAGCUCACUGGUGCUACGGUUGUCCUUUUGCACAGACUUGGAAAUCCCCAGCUUCUUCUGUGAACUCAAACAGAUGGUCCAACUUGCCUGCUCUGAUACCUUUGUCAAUAAUUUUUUUAUAUAUAUUGGUGCAGUUGUGCUGGGUGGGGGUUCCAUGACUGGCAUCCUUUACUCUUACUCUAAGAUCGUUUCCUCCAUACGUGGGGUCUCAUCAACCCAGGGGAAGUACAAAGCGUUUUCCACCUGUGUGUCUCACAUCUCCGUGGUUUCCUUAUUCUAUUGUACAAGCAUAGGUGUGUACUUGAGCUCUGCCGCUCCCCAAAGCUCUUACUCCAGUGCCGUCGCCUCAGUGAUGUACACGGUGGUCACCCCCAUGCUGAACCCCUUCAUCUACAGCCUCAGGAACAAAGACAUCAAGAGGGCUUUGGAAACAUUCUUUAUGAUGGGAACUGCAAAAGGUUGA